AUGGAGUUCCAAGAUGCUCAGAGAUUCGUGGUUCGUUCGGUUAACGAGAUCACCAGCACAUUUCAAAAGGUCCCUGGCUCUGCCAUGUUAAUCCGGUACAUCCAAUCCAGCUACCAAGACGAUCCUGUUCGCUCCGCCAUUGAACUGAUCUUGGUCAUCUUCUUCAUUCGAUAUCUCCUCUCACCUUCGUACGCAACGCAUACUGGGAAUUUUGUGAAGCUCACAGAAGAGGAGAUUGACGACUUGGUGGACGAGUGGACACCAGAGCCCUUGGUAGCUCGGCAGACUUCAUUCGAAGAAGCUGAAAGCGAAAAGCUUCCUAUUAUUGUUGGUGCCACGGGUCCACGAGUCAAGCUUUCCAGCGGCAGAACUGUAACAAACCUCGCGUCAUACAACUUCUAUAACUUUGUUGGGAAUGAGCAGGUCAAGGAGAAGGCAAUUCAAACCCUGCGGACAUACGGUGUUGGGCCCUGCGGGCCUCCUCAAUUCUAUGGAACUCAAGAUGUGCACAUGAAGACGGAAGCCGACAUUGCCUCUUGCUUGGGUACUGAAGGCUGUAUUGUCUACGCUCAAGCUUUUUCAACAAUAUCAAGUGUCAUUCCUGCGUUUUGUAAGAGAGGAGACAUUAUCGUUGCGGAUCGUGCCGUCAACUAUGCCAUUCGAAAGGGCCUUCAAAUCUGCAGAAGCACCAUUCGAUACUACGAACAUAAUAACAUGGAGGAUUUGGAGCGAGUGUUGCAAAAGGUCAUUAAGGACCAAGCAAAGAAACCUUUGACCCGAAGAUUUAUUGUCACAGAGGGCUUGUCGGAAACAGUAGGGGAUUGUGUUAAUCUCCCCAAAUUGAUUGAACUCAAGCUCAGAUACAAGUUCCGGCUGAUGCUUGACGAAACUUGGUCUUUUGGUGUACUCGGGAGAACCGGUCGGGGUCUUACGGAGGCGCAAAACGUGGAUGCUUCGCAAGUUGAUAUGCUGGUCGGAUCACUUGCUGGAGCGCUUUGUGCUGGCGGUGGAUUCUGCGCUGGGUCUACCGAUGUUGUCGAGCAUCAGCGAAUCUCAGCUGCGUCGUAUACUUUCUCCGCCGCUUUGCCCGCCAUGCUUGCUACUACCGCCAGCGAGACCCUCAAUAUGCUUCAGACGACACCCGAGAUCCUUGCCCAGUGUCGAGAGAAUAUUAAAGCUAUGCGUGCCCAGCUGGACCCUCGGAGUGACUGGGUGCAUUGCACAAGCGCUCCUGAAAAUCCGGUCAUGUUGCUAGUUCUCAAACCGGAUGUUGUGAACUCGAGGCGACUGACAAUCGAGGAACAAGAGCGUGUACUUCAAGAAUGUGUUGACGAGUCUCUUGCCAACGGGGUUCUGAUCACUCGUCUCAAGAGUAUGCCAGUCGGUCCAAGCAGUGGUAAGGAUGAAGAUUGGAAGCUCCAGCCAGCGCUCAAGGUUUGCAUCACCACUGGCCUCACGAAGAAGGAGAUUGAGAAGGCAGGAGUUACGAUCAGGCAUGCAAUUACCAAGGUCUUGACCAAGAAAAGCAGCAGCAAGUUGGCUCUACCUGCUACUUCGUGA